GUUAUUCUGUACCUCUCUGGCUGGGAGGACAUGUGUGCCUCCCCUCAGCUGUGGAAACUGCUCCAGUCACAACCUGCAAGUGCCUCCUCGUGCCUCUAGAGAUGAGGAGUGUGAGCACACCUGGGUGUGUGCAGGGCCUAUAAAGGCAGCAGGGCCCUGGGCAUGGCAGGGUGCACCCCUGGGCUCCUGCUCUGUGCAGCUGUGCUGUCGUGAUGGGACUGCAGGCUGGCACACCCUGGCUGCUGCUGCCCACGCUGCUGGCAGUGCUGCUCCUCCGUGCCAGCGCCGGCCCCGCCAGGCCGGCCAAGCCCCCUGCUGCCUCUGCCAGCCCCAGGAGUGCCGCAGGGUUCCCCCCCGACUGCAGCCGCCUGCCGCGGGGCAGCGCCAGCGGCGUGUACGUGAUCCAGCCGGCGCGCUCGCCCCCGCGCGUGGUCUGGUGCGACAUGGACACCGAGGGCAGGGGCUGGACCGUGGUCCAGAGGAACUCCCGCGACACCGAGCUCAACUGGAAGCAGUCCUGGACCACCUACAAGUACGGCUUCGGGAACGUGCACAGCGAUUACUGGCUGGGCACCGAGUACCUGCACCUGCUGACGCAGCAGGGCACAUACAAGGUGCGCUUCGUGGUGCGCGACAAGGGCAACGUCACCCACUACGCCGAGUACGACAUCUUCAGGGUGGAGAGCGAGGCCAGCGGGUACCCCCUGAGGCUGGGCCGCCACUCCGGGGAUGGGGACGACUACCUGACCCUCUACCACCCCAAGAAGGGCGGCAUUCACGACAACAUGAAGUUCAGCACGGUCGACAAGGACCAGGACCAGUACAGCGGGAACUGCGCCAAGAGCUACGGGGGGUGGUGGUACAACAGGUGCCAGAACGUCCUGCUCAACGCCAAGAACUACAUUGUCUGGCCAGGCUUCUGUGACAGCGGUGACUGCGCGUCCUCCCUCAUCCUGGUCAAACCCACAGAUGUGUGCUGAGCACGCCCAGCCCCGGCAGAGAGGGGCUGCCACCGUCCCCAGCUCAGUGCCCCAUUCCCACGCCGGUCCCAGUGCCCAUCGCUCUGCUCACAGCUCCCGCUCCCUGCCCAGCCGCUGCCCGGAGCUCCGCGGCUCCGGAGCCGCUGCCCGGAGCGCUGGGCACACGGCAGCUCUGCCCGGUGCCGUGGUGCUGGCUGGCACGGGGGCACGGGCACUGCUUUGGGGUGGGACGUGCUGCCAGUUCCCCUCCCCUGCAGUCGGUGAACCCCGCUUUGCCCAUGCCCUGCACACCCCCAGCUCUGCUACCCGUGGUGGGAGGAAUCAGCUGCAAUAAACCCUGGAGCCAGACUGUGCUGCCUCAUGUCUGCCUGCACACAGCUGGGGGGGGAUCACUCUGCCCAGUCUUCAGGGUGGCACACCUGGGGGGAAGCAAGUGUGUCAGGCAAUAUUCCUUUCAAUGGCUUGUUCCAGCCACUGCACACUGGCUGUAAGGCUACAACUAGCCAACAGGGCCAGCAAAGCCCUGAUCAUGCAAAACAUUCACUCAUAGUUUGCCCCUGUUCGUGGCUGGGUGGUUGCUGUGCUGGGAAAGAGAAGAAACCAUCACAGCCUGGAGUGUGGAGAGGGCAGUGGACUCCCCGAGGGUGUGAGUGAUGUGGGUGAGUCAGUCCCACCAUUCCUGCUGCAGACAGGGAAUGUGUCUGUGAAGUUCCCUGGUGAUGCAGGGCAGUUUGAACACAGGGCUUGAAAGAACCCACAGCUCUUCUCCCCACUCUGUGGAAGGAAAGCUGAGCUCAGGGAAGGUUUGUGGCUCAGAAUGCUGAACAUGGGAGUCUGGAGCCAAGGUCUGUGACCAAGGUCCCAGGGCACCCAGGAGAGCUAUGGCAGUGCAUCACUCCUGAGGAGCUGUCGAGUUCUCAAGGAGAAUUCUUUGGCAGCCUUGGAGGCACCUGCAGGUGGGCAGCACUGCUCCAUGGCAAGAGGGAGGUACGAGGGUGCUGCUGGCUGAGAAAGGCUCCCAGCUGGAGCUGACUUGAGAGUGGCACUUCUGGACUAAGAGAUAUGUCUGCUGGUUUAAAAAGUCAUGGUGCUCCAGCCUGGUUGAACAGCCUAACAGAAGGGGUGAGGCUGGAUGAAGGCUUGGGGCUCCUGACAAAGAGCAUUCCAGCCAGCAGCCAGCCCUGAGUGAUGCUGAGCUGCAUUCCUGGCUCUCUGUUAGAGAACAGUUGCACUCGAUGAUCCUUGUGGGUCCCUCCAACUCAGAAUAUUCUGUGAAUCUAUGAGUACAGCCAGUGAGACAUCUCCUGCUCUGUUCAGCACUGCUAGACCAACAUCCUCCCCCUGCUCAGCAUCAGGGACCACAUCACAGGUACCGUGUCCACUGCUGAGCUGCCCAGUGCACAAAGUUAUCACUGCACUGGAGCAAUUCCAUACAGACCCAAGCUGAUCCAGAAUCUUGAAAUUCUGGGGUCCCUGCCAUGUCAGGCUGUCUCAGCCCUCACACUGGCCCAGACAGACCAACCAUAUGGUGCUGUGUGUCCUUGCAGUGCUGUUGUUCCUUUCCACUCUCCCAGUUCCCCCCCAGCAUCCACAAGGGUAAUGGGGCAGGAUGACAUUGGCCUGGCUUUCCAGGUCAUGGCUGGCAGGGUUGAAUUGAUCUGAUGCUUCCCUCUCACCCUGUGCUUGCUGUUGGCUGUGUGAUGUUACAUUCCCUUUUUGGAAAAUCCCCACCUUGGGAUGCAACCCUCUUCUUUAAGUGAAAGUUUUGUCUCUAAUUCCUCACUUGAGUUGUAUGAAAAAAUUUU